GCUGUACGUCUGUUGGUAAUUUCCUUUGAGUGGAACUGGAUAGUUUAUCGGAAUAUUUAACGGUAAAUUUAAAGGAACCUUCGCCUGGUACCCGAGUCAGGAAAACGGUUUUGCCGUUCUUGGCAGUGUUCCAAGAGAUGUGGGUGACAGCGUUGGCGUUGAUAUGUGGCGUGGUGAUAGCCGGUGCCGAAAGGGGACCUCAGCUAUGGGAGUUGGACGCCGAUGCCCACCACAGGGUCGUCAGAGAUUUAGCCGACGAAGGGCACCUAGACAUCUGGGGCCACAGCCGCGAGACCACAAAGGUUUUGGUGGAGCCAAGCCUGAGCCACCGGGUGACUCGCGCUCUGAGGGAGGCAGAAAUCAGCCACAGCGUCUUGGUGCCUGAUGUGUUCAGACUGGUGGAGCAGGAGAGAGAGAACAUGAUGCUCAAGAAGAGCAGGAGGAAGAGAGCAGCCGGUCAGAUGGACUGGACCUCGUACCACGACCUGGAUGACAUCGAGGGGUUCCUAGGGUGGCUGAACGUGACAGGAGGCAACAACGUGCACAUAGCCUCCGCCAGUACGACCGCCGAAGGCAGGCAGGUCCUGGUCGUCAGGAUUACCAACCCCAAUACGACGGGUCCCAAGAAGAAGAUCUGGAUUGAAGGAGGAAUCCACGCUCGCGAGUGGAUAUCCCCAGCAGUAACGACUUACCUGAUGCACCAAGUCGCCCUGAGCCCCGAAUGGAGAGAUCUCCUGGACGUCACAGAGUGGUACUUCGUCCCGGUUGCCAAUCCUGACGGUUACCAGUUCACGUUCUCGUCCAACAGGGCAAGACUGUGGAGGAAGAACCGUCGAGACAACGGCGGCCUGAUCGCCCGCUGCCGGGGCGUCGAUCUCAACCGCAACUGGAGUCUCAAGUGGGGCGUGGGCGCCUCCAGCAACCCGUGCAGCGAGACGUACAAGGGCGUCGAAGCUUUCAGCGAGCCGGAGACCUUCGGCCUGCAGCGCAUGAUGAACACCAUCGAAGACAUCGACCUCUUCAUCACCUUCCACAGCUUCGGCCAGACGGUCCUGUACCCCUGGGGCUGGACCCGCGACCCCCCCUCCAACGUGAAGCAACUGAAGGGCCUCGCCAAGAAGUUCGCCAACGCCGUGAACGAAGCCUCCGGCGGCCAGACCGAGUACGAGCUGGGCGGCUCUGGGCCCCUGUACGGCCUGGCAUCUGGGGCCACGGACGAUUGGGCCUACGGAGAACUCGGGGUACCGUUCUCGUACACCAUCGAGCUGCCCGACCAGGGCACCUACGGCUUCCUGUUGCCCGCCAGCCGCAUCAGCUCCACAGUGACGGAGACCGCGGCUGGAGUCUACUGCAUGAUCAGCUCCCUGACCAACACUGGGCGGUGCGCUCGGAGGAGAGCUCGCAACCACAGCGUCACCCCGAGAUUUCGCGGAUAAUUUUUUUUUUUUUUUAGAUUAUCCCGCGGUCUAGGUAUCUAGUUAUAUACCUAGACCGUGGAUAGUCCUAAAACAACAAGUAGUCCUGAUUCUGAGAGAUGAGGUCUCUUUUAAAGAAAAAAAAACUGAUCAAUGUCCAGGAGAUUUAUCUUUUUAGAUAACAAAUCCCGUGUUGAUGUCCCAUGAUAUGGUCUCUCUAGAAAACAGUUGAUCUUCGGGAGACAGUAUAACUUUCUUUAAAAGAACAGCCUCUGUUUAAUGCCCCAACGAUGGCCAGAUAUGUUUUAAAAGACGGUCGGCGUGUGAUUUUGGCGUUAACUUUUAAUUUUAUUUAAGACAAAAUAUUUCCUUGAUAUAAUAACAGAACAGGUAUUACGUAGUCAUAAGCCAGAUAGCCAAUUAUGAGCACUAGUUCAAUGCUAGCUGAGGAAGUUGGGUAUUAUUUCACUUAAACGAUGUUUAAUCACAAUUCUGUACAAUAAACAUCAUAUUUACGUUAAACAUUUAUUGCGAUUGUUACUUUCUAUGUUUUUGAACGGUAUAUAGCAGUUAGCAUCGGCGUUAGGUUAAAAUAAUUUUUUUCUUAGAUUUCCCUCAAAAGCAAAUAAAUUUUGUUUAGACAGAAUUCUUUAAAACAACGAUUAUUAAAAUCAUUUACUUCGCUGGCAAUUUUUAGUGUCAUUCUUUUUUAUAAGUCAGAAUUUUCCUUGAAAGCAUAUUCCUCGUACCUUAUUUCGGGCGUUUUAAUUUUUAUUUCUCGUUAGCUAUCUUGUUUUUUACCGUAAUUGUUACUUAAUAUUUAUCAUGACAGCAUGCAAUGUAAGCGUAUUUAUUUUAGCACAGAUUACAGAUUCCGCAAAGCUGGGAUAACGUAUUUAUUAGAUGUAUACUCUACUGGGAUUUCCCACAAAUACGCCUCCAUUACAUUACGACUCUGUGGAAUUCUUUUAACCAUGUUUCAGUAUAUUCCCCUUUUUGUAUAUUCCCUUUUUAUAUGCUUGUUUUUUUUAGUAGCUUGUUUUUUUUAAUAGCAUAAAUCAUAAUUAGUAUCUGAGGAUAUUUCGAAAGAUAUAUUCUUGUCAAUUUAGCUUCGAUUCGAGACCUUGCUUAUGGAAUUUGAUAAUAUAUAUAUAUAUAUAUAUAUAGAUAUAUAUAUAUAUUCGUUUUUCUAAAAUAACCGGUCCUAAUUUCUGGGCAAGAUAUGAAAAUUAAUCUCGUUAAAUAAUCUCCCAUAAAUUUGCAUCAAAGAAAAAUGGCAUCUAGUGAAUCCUAAGAUUCAACUCUUGGAAGAAAUUCAGAUGAAAAAAAGAAGAAAAUAUGGUUCUGAAGACCAGAGUUCGUCAUUCUGCAUGACUCAGUGUCAGUAUGUUAAAUUUUUUAAUAAAAUGUGAUAUAUU